AUGCGGUUGGAGUGCUCGAAGCAGGUCUUUACCGAGCCCGGAUUCGUCAACGAAUAUGGCACCUCGAAAGAGACGUCAUUGGAAAGGAUAGCACAAGGGCUUGAAAGCAUCAAAAACGCGACACAAACCACAGGCACGCAGCAAACACAAGUCGGAGGAGUCGCGACCAGUGGCAAAUAUGGAUGGCGCGUAUGGGCCCGCAUGAUUGAGGAUUACACAUCGCGCAAUCUGAGUUUUGCGUCCGACAAAUUCCCCGCCCUAGGUGGCGUUAUCUCAGCCCUACAGAAGCUCACUGGCGAUACCUGCUUCGCGGGCAUUUGGAAGAGCUGGUUUCUCCAAGGUCUACUUUGGCGCUUGCAGGAUCCCAACUGGGAUGAGUAUGUCUUUUUCCCGAAGGAACCGCAGAGGGCCAUCCCUUGGAGAGCUCCGACAUGGUCAUUCGCAUCUGUCGAAGGAGUUGUGCUAUAUCUACUCCUCGAGGAGAAUUUUGACCAAGGACUGUGCGCAGAACUGCUGAGCUGCAAAGUCACGCCUAAGGGGAAAAAUCCCCUUGGAGAACUUACUGACGGAUUCGCCAAGAUCAGAGGACCAAUCGCUGCUGUGUCUGCUGUGUCUUCGGGUCUAUCACUCAAUGGCAGAGAGUGCAUGGUCAGCAUGACAAACGGCAGGCUUGCUGAAGCCAGUAUCUACUUUGACAUCGACAUGUACGACUCCUGCCAAGUCCUCAUGAUCACUCCUCACAUGGGUGUUGCUAUUAUACCGGUCGACGUCGACGAAGGAACGUACACAAGAGUUGGGGUGGUCUCGGUCUACAGAAUCUUUGACGCCGGCAGCGACACUCGAAGUCGCGGUAGGCGGGCACACGAGAACCGCGACAGGUCGAUUUCGGCGUCUCACUACCCAAGUCCGGAGAUCAUCACCCUGCUGUAA